CAAGAUGGCGGCGGAGCGGCAGGGCGGCCGCGGGGCCGGGGCCGAGGAGACCCGGGACGGCAGGGACAACAAGGAGAACGAGCGGCCCCCCGCCGCGCAGCCCGGCGGCCUCGGCGACAGCCUGGGCCUGGAGAUCCUGCAGAUCGUGAAGGAGUCGCAGCAGCAGCACGGUUUGAGACAUGGGGACUUCCAGAGGUACAGGGGUUAUUGCUCCCGCAGGCUACGGAGGCUCCGAAAAACUCUCAACUUUAAGAUGGGCAACAGGCACAAGUUCACUGGGAAGAAAGUAACUGAGGAGAUUCUCUCAGACAACAGGUAUUUGCUGUUGAUCCUGAUGGAUGCAGAGAGGGCCUGGAGCUAUGCCAUGCAGCUGAAGCAGGAGGCCAACACAGAGCCCCGCAAGCGCUUCCACCUGCUGUCGCGGCUGCGCAAGGCCGUGAAACACGCCGAGGAGCUGGAGAGGCUCUGUGAGAGCAACAGGGUGGAUGCCAAGACAAAGCUGGAAGCACAGGCGUACAUGGCUUACCUCACCGGGAUGCUUCGCUUCGAGCACCAGGAGUGGAAGGCAGCAAUGGAGGCUUUCAACAAGUGCAAGACCAUUUAUGAAAAACUGGCCAAUGCUUUCACAGAAGAACAGGCUGUGCUGUAUAACCAGCGUGUGGAAGAGAUCUCGCCCAACAUCCGCUACUGUGCCUACAACAUUGGUGACCAAUCUGCCAUGAAUGAGUUGAUGCAGAUGAGACUGAGGUCUGGUGGCACUGAAGGUCUUCUUGCAGAAAAACUGGAGGCUCUGAUCACCCAGACUCGAGCUAAGCAGGCAGCCACGAUGAGCGAGGUGGAGUGGAGAGGGAGAACUGUUCCAGUGAAAAUAGACAAAGUGAGGAUCUUCCUGCUGGGCCUGGCUGACAACGAGGCAGCGAUUGCUCAGGCAGAAAAUGAGGAGACAAAGGAACGUUUGUUUGAGUCUUUACUCAGUGAGUGCAGAGAUGCCAUUCAGGCAGUCCGGGAAGAACUGAAACCAGACCAGAAACAGCGAGAGCACUCCCUGGAAAAUGAUUCUGGGAAGGUGUCCAACAUCCAGUACUUACACAGUUACCUGACCUACAUCAAGCUCUCCACGGCCAUCAAGCGCAACGAGAGCAUGGCCAAGUCGCUGCAGAAGGCCCUGCUGCAGCAGCAGCGCUCGGACGAGGACGGCAAGCGCACGCCCCGGCCACAGGACCUCAUCCGCCUCUACGACAUCAUCCUGCAGAACCUUGUGGAACUGACACAACUUCCUGGCCUAGAAGAGGACAAGAACUUCCAAAAAGAGAUUGGAUUGAAGACACUCGUGUACAAAGCUUACAGGUGUUUCUUCAUUGCCCAGUCCUAUGUUCUGGUGAAGAAGUGGAGUGAAGCUCUGGUGUUAUAUGAAAGGGUGCUGAAAUACGCCCGUGAAGUUCAGUCAGGAGCUGGAGCUCACAGGAACAGCUUGAAGGAGCUGCCUGAUGUUCAGGAUCUGAUCACUCAAGUUAAUGCAGAGAAAUACUCCUUGCAAGCAGCAGCUAUAUUAGAUGCAAACGAUCCUCAUGAGUCUGAGUCUCCAUCUCAGGUCAAGGAUGGCAAGCCACUCUCGGAACGGUUUGAGACUUUCUGCCUGGAUCCUUCUCUUGUCAGCAAGCAAGUCAACCUCGUGCACUUCCCACCGGGAUUCCAGCCCAUUCCAUGCAAACCCCUGUUCUUUGACCUGGCCCUUAAUCAUGUUGCUUUCCCACCUCUGGAGGACAAGGUGGAGCAGAAGGCCAAGAGUGGCCUCACAGGAUACAUAAAGGGCAUUUUUGGAUUCAAAAGUUAACCAGGACCCCCAGAGAAACAGAGGUUUUAUUCUGUAUUGAAGGAAAAGCUCCAAGAGGUUCUAGGACACCAAUACCUGCACCUGAAACCAACAGAGGGAAGUUUCACCACCUUCUCCCCUGUGUCCUGUGUGUAUGUCUGUGCACUCACAUUCUCUCCCAGUGUAUUAAAGACAAGCAAUUAGUCAGAAACAAACACACACUAUAAAUAGCUGAAAAUAAUCUGGAGCACAGGGAAAUUCCAGUUUGCUUGGAGACGUUCUGUGACCAGUGGCCUCUUCAGGGCCAGUACACAUCUACUUAUCAUGGACCAGGGCAUAGGUAUAAUUUGACUCUUCCCUCUGCCCCAUUAUUUGACACUAUAAUUUGGUAUUUUGGUCUAGAAAUCGGGGUGUGAUGGGGAAACAGAGGUAAAAGUACAGGAGAACUAAACCAGCAAGGUGAGGCUCCCACAUGAUGGCUGUGGAAGCCAAGGGGGCUACUUCUCCUUCCCUUUUGAAUCCCAGAAGUCUCUGUAUUUUUUAAAAAUGUAACAGUCAGAACUGACAAAAUAGAGCCUCUUUCCUUGUGGAUAAGGAUGGCAGAUACCAAAUGUUAAUGGUUACCCCAGCUGUGGUGGGUGAAUUUGUACUCUGGGCCAACAGCAUCCUUCUUUAUUCAUACACACCUUUUGUUAAAUACCUGAAUACAGUAUAGAACCUAUUCCUACAAGGAUUUUCCUGGGAAAAUAGCUUCAUGGGUGGCUUUGGAAAUAGCUACUUGCUCUUCAUGGGAAGUUGGGUCUCUCAUUGUUCGUUUUGUCUCUGAUCUAAACCUUGCCUGAAAACAAGAUGAUCUUUUUCUGGAGUUCAUCUGUUGCUUUGUUCUUCAUCCUUGGUCAGUAGCUACACCUGAAAUGAGGGAUGAGGAACAGGAGACCAGGAGGUUUGUGAGUGAUAAAUCAUCUCUGUCGUGCCAGACAGCUUUUUUUUUUAUAAAGCACCCGGGUGCCACGGUGAUGGGCACUUUGAAAAUGCAGAUAAUUUCAUAAUUGUGAUGACUUAAACAGGAAAAAAACCCACAGCACAUGGGCAGAAUUGUUCCUAAAUAAAGUAUUUGGAAGUUUCCACCA